AUGGGCCAAUCAAGCGCGGCUGGUGGUUCACAAUCUGUUGAUCACAUUGCCGACAGCAUCACUGAAUUCCUGUAUGACCCGCAGGCCCAUAUCACCUUUGAGUCCCGGUACAAGCGAUACGAGGAUUUGUUCUCUGUCGAUCUGGCUGCCCAGGACGAUGCAUGGAAGGAUCGACUUCUACUUCGCAAACUGGGUCCGGCUGAACACGAGCGUUAUGCAAACUUCAUCCUCCCCAAGAAUACCCGAGAGGUCGCUUUCAAGGACACGGCUGAGACGUUGUCACAGAUUUUUGGUGAGCAAUCAUCCCUCUUCAACACUCGAUUUCAGUGUCUGCAACUGUGCAAACGAGAUUCCGAUGAUUUCAUCACGUAUGCGGGCAUUGGCAAUCGUGAGUGUGGGCGUUUUCAACUCGGUUCUCUUACUGAAGACCAGUUUAAAUGCCUUAUAUUUAUCUGCGGUCUCCAGUCCCCCAAGGAUGCUGAUAUCCGGACACGUCUCCUGUCCAAAGUGCAGCAGAGCAACUCCACCACUCUCCAAGAGCUGGCAGCAGAGUGCCAAACGCUGAUCAAUCUCAAGCACGACUCUGCAAUGAUUCAGAACCCGGCCUCAUCUUUCUCAGUCCAUACGGUCACAUCGACCAAAUCGCAUCCUGUUACACGACCCAAGCAAGUGUCCAAGUCGAGAUCUCUGCCAUCUCCUUGUCGGCACUGUGGCGCGUGGCAUUUCCACCGGGAUUGCACUUUCCGCCAGCAUCGCUGCCAAAGCUGUAAUCAGGUGGGACACCGUGAUGGGUUCUGCAAAUCAGUACCAGCUUCUGGAGGCAAGCCGACCCCCGCCAUUCCUAAUUCCAUGCAUCGUUUCCGGCCAAAACGCAAGUCCAAACUCCAGUCCGUUGGUAAUUCUCUGAGUCUCUUGGCCGCUUUCCAGCUUAAUGCGUCUGGUCGUCGAAAAUUUGUUGACGUUUUGCUCAAUGGCCAUGCAGUUCGCCUACAGUUGGACACUGCCUCAGAUAUCACCAUCAUCUCUGAGAGACUCUGGCAGUCCCUUGGCAGUCCCACGAUGCAGCCGACUUCCCAGUCCGCCACAAGCGCGUGCGGUGGUCUCGUACAGCUAAUUGGGCAGCUGCAAUGCUUUGUGUCGUUCCGCGGUACCAGCAUCACUGCGAUCUGCUACAUCACCAAGUCUGAUCUAAACCUACUUGGUCUCGACUGGAUUGAACAACUUGGGUUGGCCGAUAUGCCGCUCCGCGUUGUUUGCAGUCAGGUGCAGAUUUCCGCUGUGCUUGCAGACCAAGCCAAGGACAUUCUCCAACGCUUUGCUCCAGUGUUCCAAGACGGUCUGGGUCGUUGCACAUACACUCAAGCCGUGCUACAUCUGUCUCCUGGAAGUCAACCAGUCUUCCGUCCAAAGCGACCAGUCCCAUAUGCAGCCCUACCACUUGUCGAGGCUGAACUGAAGCGUCUAGAGGAAUUGUGA